CUGUGAUGGAGGAGGACAUUUAUGUGAACCUGGAGGAGCUGCAGGGAGCUGCGACCGGCUGCUCCUCACAACACGGUCCGGCAUCACACUGCACCACAGGGACGUCAAGCCAGAGGAAACCCAGAACAUCCGACUGUCCACGGUCUGAGCACGGCAGAAGAGGGAAACUCGAAGUUGAUCAAGGUUCAAAGGUCAAAGUUCACACACGCACGCGCACGGCUGUCGGAGGGCCUGCGAGCAUCAGCGUCGAACCCGAACAUGGCCGCUGUCGGAAGCCGUGCGUCCUGCUGGUGAGCCUGCUGUGCCUACUUCUGCUCGCCGCCGUCACCGCGCUCAGCGUGAGAUACCACAGAGACGUUCACCAGCUCGCCACAGAUCUGGCCAAUCAGACGGUAGAGAGACACCUGCUGCUGCUCAGGUACCACAUCCUGAGGCAGGAGAGAGACCAGCUGAACGCCACCUACAGGAGGAUGAUGAAGGAGGCGGUAAAGUGUCCUGAUGGAUGGACAAAGUUUGGCUGCAGCUGCUACCUUCUGGAAAACUCCAGAGACUCAUGGGAGAGGAGCAGGAUGCUGUGUCAAACAAAAGGAGGAGAUCUGGUGAUCGUGACCAGCAUGGAAGAAAUGGUGUUUCUGAAUAAGCUCGGAGUUAAUCUGAGGUUCUGGAUUGGUUUGAAUUCAACAGCUGGAUUGUGGACAUGGACAAAUGGAAAACAUCUAGAAAAAUCUUACUGGAUAUCAAGGCGCUAUUACAGCUUUCAGACCUGUGCAGCGUUCAACAGCUUUCCACAUCCAAGUCCUCUCAGGCCUGUGCACAGUGUGAAGUCCUGGACCCCCGAGUACUGCCCUACAGCCCUGCAGAGGGUCUGUGAGAAGGAGGCCACUCCGACAGCAGCACUGUGAACUCAUCUGAUCUCACAGACAACCUGCAAACCACACGAGAAACACCAAAACCUGCUUCAUUAGUUAGACUCCAUAUUUCUCCAGAGUUCAAUCAUAUAAAUAGAUACUUAAUGUAUUACUCGCUGCAAGGAAAAAGGCAUGAACAAAAUUAUGCUUGACAGUAGAGAAAGACAUUGCAGCAAAUGAUCUUCACCGUAAACCUGAAGAUGGAGUCCUUUUUACAACAUUAGAGGAGCGAGUGAGCUCCAGUAUAUGAGGCCUGGGGCCUGACUUUGAAGGGAUGACUGCAUGAAUAUGGAAUUAACAACUGUUAACUGAAGGAAAUGUUUGUGUUUUAUUUAUCAAUCUUUCUAUUGAUACCUAACUCUGAAAUCCUGAAUGCUAAGGCAAUAUUGAACUGCUGUAAAUGUGGUUGCUUUUUCAAUUGACUCUCUUGUUACUUGUUUUAUCAUAGAAAUAUAAUAAUUGCAUAAAGCAAAUGUAAUUCAUCCCCAAAAAAAGUUCAAUUUGAGCGAAAUUCAUCACACACACACACACACACACACACACACACAC